UUUAGUUUUUCAAAUUUAGCAGACUUUUGCAAAUUUUCGUGUAAAUAAUAAUUUUGCAACUGCAUACCAGUUGCAAAAUGUAGUGGUUCCAACUGGGCGAAUUGUAGGUCAGAAAAUGCGGCCAGCUAUGCUUGCAAAGUGACCUCUUUAAAGAAGGAUUAUAUCAACUCACAAUCAGGGUCAACGAGUUUUAUCAUUGGCUGGCAACACGUUCACAUACAAUCUCCAUCGCGGAUGAAUGUCAGAUCGUUAGCGAAAUUGCUUCUGCUACAACAAUCUGCGUUGCAUCUACAAAAGUCUUUUAACUUCAAUAUAAGUGAAAUUAUCCCAUAUAGCGAUGUGAUAUAAAAAAAAUUCCAAAAUAAACAGUUUGACAAGCAAAUAAAUAAAAAAAAAACACCAUAAAGUAUAUUAAGAAAAUCGAUUUAAUCACAAAAAAUUAAGAAACAAAAUUAAUUAAAAAAGUUAAUUAAGAAAACGGAUCUCUAAAUUGAUGUCAAAUCUACAUUCAUAUUGGAAAAUUCAUUUGUUGGAUCUCGUGACUUUCUUGUUGAAAAUAUUUACGUGUCGAUGUUUUCUAAAAUGUUAUUUUCUACAUGACUUUAUGUGUCAUCCGCGACAGAAUCAAUCAACAUUAAACAAUGUUUGCAAGAUGCAUAAUGCUGAAAAAGUUUUAAAAACCAUUUUUUUAUAUUUCCAUUGUUAACAAAUUAGUAUCUACGUAUAAAAAUUAAAAAAUUUACAUUUCAGUCAGUGUAAAUAAAUACUUAUCUAUAUAUUAAAUAAUCGCAGAAAGAAUAAAGUCAAAGAAUUUAUAGGAAAAAAAAGACGUACUUAAUAUAAAUUAAGUAGUAUGUAAAAAGGAUGAAUGGAUGAGUGCGGUAAUCAUUUUUUGUAAACCAAAUCACUUUCUUUUGGUUUAUUAUAGUUGAAAUGAAUAAAUUUAUUCAAAUAUUCUGUACUUGAUAAUCGCAAUCUUAAACCCGACGAAAUAAUUAAAUUACAAUAUGCAAGAUGCAUAUUCGAGUUGCGCACUAAAAGUUGGGAUCUUCGUCUGACCUAAAAACAAAAAAGUGCAUUUCAGUCAGGUGAAUUUCAGCAAAAGGAGAAAGUGCCAUGACUUCUCGACUUGGCCUUCAGUACAAUCACCGGCGCGAGAUGACGUUUAGUCUUGCUUCGGCCUUCGUUCUUCGUGCAUCUCUUACCGCGCCGGUGCGGAAAACGCGUACAGAUAAAAGUGAGGGUGGAUAAAAGAUAAGGGAAGCUCAGCGACCAAAACGUACGGUGUAAGAGAAGACACCAAUCGCUUUUUGUUGCGUUAUCGAAAUAUCUAACGCGGUUAGGUAAUACACUUUCACGUGUUAGAACCUUGAGAUUCCCGCAAAUGUUUUCUCAAAUUGUGACAUCGUAUUUAUGCAGACGAUAGAACGUGAAAUAAAAACAGAAAAUGCUAAUAACAAUAGCAUUUUGGAUGUUGGUCAUUUUAAUUAUUUUUUGGAUUCUACUUGGUCCUGUUACGAGAUUUUUGCGUGUUUUAUGGGAAAUUAUUAUGCAAAUAUACAAUAAGAAGACAAUCGAUUUGCGAACAAAGUUUGGCGAAUGGGCGGUUGUCACUGGCUCGACUGACGGUAUCGGAAAAGCUUAUGCUAAAGAGUUAGCAGCAAGAAAUAUGAAUCUAAUACUAAUUAGUAGAAACUUAGAGAAACUUGAACGCACAAAAAAUGAGAUGCUGAUAACAAAUCCAAAAAUCGAGGUGAGGAUUAUUGCGGCGGACUUCGCCGAAGGAGAAAAUGCUUUUACCAAAAUCCGUCCUCUGUUGAAAGAUAUAUCCGUCGGAAUAUUAGUGAACAAUGUGGGUAAGCAAUACGAGUAUCCCAUGUACGUCGGCGAAGUCCCCGAAAAGGAGCUGUGGGACAUUAUCAACGUAAACGUCGGCGCCACGACGUUAAUGACGCGGCUGGUUAUCGGGCAGAUGCAAAAACGCAAACAAGGCGCGAUUGUCAACGUCUCCUCCGGAUCUGAGUUUCAGCCGCUGCCGCUGAUGACGGUAUACGCCGCUACGAAGGCGUACGUCAAGAGCUUCUCCGACGCUCUCAGGGCGGAAUACUCCAGAUUCGGCGUAACUGUUCAACACCUGUCACCUCUUUUCGUCAAUACAAAAAUGAACGCGUUUAGUUCUAGGCUUCAGGUUUCAAGUAUAUUUGUACCUGAUGCCGCAACUUACGCGAGGAACGCUAUUGCCACUCUCGGCAAAAUGGACAGCAGUACUGGUUACUGGGCCCAUAGUAUUCAAAAGUUUAUCACUCUAAUGCCACCUGUGUGGAUCAGAACGAAAAUCGGACAAAUCAUGAACGAGAGUUUCAGGAAAGACUAUUUCAAGCAGCAGAAACAAAAGACAUUGCAAUAAGAUAUUUAUGUAAAUAAUCUUUUUUUUUUAAAUAAGCAUUGUAUCGUACUGACGUAGAAA